AUGCUUCUAUCUCACCACAUCAUCAAAGCUUUUGUGGUCAUGAUACAAUUUCUUGUUGGGCUUUUGGCAAAUGGCAUCAUCAUGAUUGUCAAUGGCUUGGAUUUGGCCAAACAGCGAAAAUUGACUCCAUUGGAACUCCUUCUCUCCUGCCUGGCAAUUUCCCGGCUUUGUAUGCAGUCAUUCAUUGCCUAUAUUCACCUGGGAGUCUUAUCUGUGAUAGAAGUCAAAACCAUUCCUGAGGGGUUUGCUAUGUUCAUCUUUGUAAAUGACAUGGGUAUUUGGCUGGCUACAUGGCUCAGCGUUUUCUAUUGCGUGAAGAUUGCCCCCUUUGCUCACCCGCUAUUCUUCUGGUUGAAGAUGAGGAUCUCCAAUAUGGUACCUUGGUUGGUCCUUGGGACUCUGCUUUAUGCCAUGAUAACUUCUAUAUUCCAUGGCAAAUAUACAUGGAUUUUUGGCAAAGAAUUGUGGUUGAGCCUUUUCUCCAAAAACGUGACAUUUCAAAUCCAAGAAACACCUGCUUUCUACCUUGUCCUCUUUUCAAUGGAGUUCUUUCUUCCAUUUUUUAUCUUCCUCAUUUUUGCCCUGAUUUUGAUCUGUUCCCUCAUAAGACAUACAAAACAAGUGAGAAACACAGCAAGAGGCUCCAAGGAUUGUAGCACCUAUAUCAAGUCUCUUCUGUCCAUUCUCUCCUUCCUGGUCCUCUUUCUCUCUCAUUAUAUGGCUGCUGCCGUGCUCUCUUCUCAGUUGUUCACAUUAAGUGACUUCUUCUUUCAUUUUAGCAUAUUUGUCAUUGGCUCCUACCCCUCUGGACACUCCAUCAUCUUAAUUUUAGGAAAUUAUAAACUGAAACAAAAUGUAAAGAAGCUUUUCUUUCAUAAUUUAGAAGCAAGAAGCCUCUGGAAAUCUAAGUCUCUUCAGAAUGAGGAAGAGCAGAGCCCAGAAAAAGACCGCAUUUGA